AUGGACAUUAAAAUCGGUACGAGGACAUUUUUGGAGUCUGAGGUGUCAAACACGAAACGGAGGAAAGAUUUGUAUGAGAAGAUGACUGCCAUUGAUCCCAACGAGCCAACGCCGGAGGAACGAGCUUGCGGUGAAAUCACGAAACUGCGUUAUAUGCAGUUUCGGGAACGGGAAAGCAGUUCCGCUGAGAUGGGGUUCCGAAUAGAAGCAGCCAAAAUGCCAGGCGGUUCUCUUCAGAAGAACUUCAAAAAAGUGCGGACUUACGAGGAUGUGACUCAGACCUUGAUAGGUUUCUUCGGAACCGAUCGUGAGAGGAUAAGGAGCAGACUGCUGGCACGACUGAAGGCAAUGAGAUCGGCUAUUCGAAAGGAGUCAAUUUCUUUGCCACCCAUGAGGUCGUGGGUAGUUCUCUGCUGA